CAGCAAAUGAGAUUCCGGACUGCCCAUGUGUGAUACUGCAGGAUGGUUUCCGCACCUCUCCUGUGAGGAGGAGGAAGCCAGAUAUCUUUACUAUUUAUCAGCGUUGUGCUCCUUUCCUAAUCUUGUCCAUCCUCAUACAUUCUACAAGCACACCUCAACGCAAUCUUCCCCGUAACUGCAUUGGCAGCAUCAGAUCAUAUCCACAAUCCGGGCUGAUAUCGUCUUGUCCCCAAGGAUGGCGGACGCCGUCAAAGACCUGGAAACCGUCGAAGGCUUGGUCUCCAGCACGAUCAAAAGUCUCGAUAAAGGCAUACGUUACCACGAGCAUGUCAAAGAAGACAAUAAUCUGCGAGAGGCUUUCCAUGAAGCGGGUCGCGGACUGGCACUUGUCAGGAACACUUUUCUAGCAAUUCAAAGCAACUCAGCUAGAGACUCCAAAAAAGCCAUGGGCCAGUUAAAAGUAUGCAAAACCAAUGCAGACAUUGCCGUCGGCAUAUUCGGGACCGUCUUCUCCCAAGCAGCAGGAACUCCGAGAUCCAAGAUAUAUGAACAGGCCGUCAAACAAGUGGGCAAUGGACAGCCGGUGGAGGAGCUUGUAGCGAAGAUGAUGGAAGAUGUGCGUACCCUGACCGACAACUUUCCGAUCCAACAUGAGGUCAAGGAAUUGGUCAAGGGAUUGGAAGAAGCCAUCAAGAAGUUGUCUGAGAUGGAGCCGUCCGUGACUAAGGAGCAGUACGGCAAUAAAUUUACCCAAUCCGGCUCUGGCGACCAAUUCAACGCUCCUAAUGGCACUCAGAACAUCAGCAAAGGCAAUGGUCACCAGUUCCCUGGGGCUACAUUCACUGGAAAUCUGAAUUUUUAGCACGUCUAGCUCUCAAGAGCAUGUAUCUACAGAUAUCUAAACAGAGGUCAACCAAAUAGGCUAUGAAUUAAAUCUGAGAUAGAUGUAA